GGAUACUGUAUGCCGUUCGCCUACCCCUACCAUAUGGCAGACGCGUGGUUCAACGACAAUGCGCCCAUCGCCGGCACCAAGCCUCUGAGAGAACUUCUCGAGCAAAGGGAAUUCACCAUCCUUGUCUGCGCAACUCACAAAGAAUUAAUCUCAAAGUGGCAUGAGAACUUUCUCCCGCCCCCUUUCAGCUAUCCUUACGGGAGGCAGCAUGGUUGGAACAUGCAUCGGUAUCAAGCUAUGAUCCCAUGGACUCAAGGCCACCAGUUCGAGCCAGCGUGGUCAUUUCACGAUGACAACUCACACUUGGCCGCUCUCACUCAGUCACAAGUCCAGGGCGCUGUGUGGCUUCGCAAUUCCGCGGACAGCAUCGCCACACUCGAGCUUUCCGCGUUGUUCAUGGAUGCCGGAAUGGACGGAUUGGAAUCAACAUACUAUGUCAUCGUGCCAAUCAACAAACACUACAAUACUGACACCAGUUCAGCUUGGGAACAUCUCUCUCGGCGCUCAGUUUUACAGCUAUGCCUAUGUGACGAUCCCAAGGCGGUUGAGUGGGAAGCCAGAAUUGUGGAUGCGGUCUGUCAGUUUCACCCCAAAGCGAUGCCAUCCAACCCUGUGGCUGUUGGCUUACGGACUGACGCGAGCGGUCAACUCCUGCAGGCCAUACCGAUGGACCUUCAAUUGAAGAUGAGUUACCAUCGAGAUCUUCUACGUGGUACUGGCUUCUACUCUACCAUGCGUCAACAAGGCACAGGGGUGCUACAAGAUGCCAAUUACUACCAUUGGGCCCUGCCCACAGUUGACAUCUUGGAUGGUAUUGAUAGAGCUCACGUUGACGCUAUGAUGGAGGAGGUGCCCCUGGCUGAUCGACCUCGUCUGCGAAAUUACCUUGGUAAGAGACCACUCGGGCUCGGCAUCAUCACUGGAGUAAGUAUUGGUAGAGUCUAUUGUAGUGCUCCGUCGAAUGUGACCGUGGACAACUUUGCCUUUCGACUCGAUCAAAUCACCUCCAGAAUCACCAAUCGGUUAAACAACACCAACGAGUCGAACUACGCUGCUCGUACCUAUUACAAACUCAUUGUGCGAGGCUACAGAGGAGAGGACGAGAUUGACGCAUUCUUCAGCUUGUUGCAAAGCCCUUACCCUGGGGAUCGAGCACUUCCUAUUUCUACAUGGAAAGAGCCAAGACCAUGGAAAUUGCAUCUAUCUUUGGCAUUUUGGCUGUUAGCCAUCCUUCGCUCUCCUGGAGUUCGAAGCCUUCGAACAAACGAUAGCCCGGGUCUUCACCAGAUGCGCGAGGAUAUUGACAAGCGAGAGAAACUUAAACGACUUCGUGCGGUGGCCAAAGGGGAUAUUAGCUGGCUUGAAUACAAAUGUGGUGGUGGCCAAGUGUCAGUAUCAACGAUCGGAGCGUUACUAACUCAGAUUCUGUACCAUGCCGACAUUAACGAACUUGCCAAGGGAGUUGCAGUUGAUGACGCUGGGAGCAUUAAUCGCCCUGAUCUCUACUCUGUGUGGGGAAACACUCUCCUUCCAUGCCUCUUAGCCGGGGAUGAUUAUCAGAUCCCUCCAGCUGUCGAAGGGUUCGAAGUGCAGGACAAGAGUCGCAACUACAUCAAUCGCCUGGGACAAGAUGGAAAAAUAUCUCCGCUGGCCUUUCUUGAAGCGAGUGGCUGGCCAAUCCUUCGU